ACAGUGGUUUCGUUUAGUUUCGAUUCAUAGUAGAAAGGUAAAUAAAAAUUAAUUUAGAUUAGAGAUGUCAACAUACGCGGCACUCUUCAUCCAAUUGAUUGGGCUUUUCGCAGUAGCUCAAAUUGUGAUUACUGCUCCAUCUGAGGAUUCGCCUGGAACGAAUAUUUCUGCCAACAUUUAUGACAUGUCAACUAAGUUUGCCGUCGUCGGCCAAAACUUUACUAUAUCUCCUUCGUGCUGGGUACCGUACAUUACGUUAAUUGGUACACCUCUCAUGACUUGGUGGGGAAAUUACAACCGAGCGGAGUGGGCGGACGCCAAAUCAUGCCUUGAAAUUUUAAAAACGUAUUUUCAAAAUAAUUGUGCAGGCGAAGCGAGAGCUAGAUCUGGGGCCUAUGUUUGUGGUGCAUUUCUGGGUAGUGGUGUUGUGGUUAAUUAUAUGGCCCCAGUAUUCGAUGCUGCUAUUUCUAAUUUAAACAGUGAAAAAAUACCAGAUGGAAAAACGUGGGAAGUCAAUAUUGAAAAUGAAUAUGCUAUUGGAAUUACGAUUGAUUACAGAGGAGAUCAUUCGAAUGUGGAUGGUGCCAUUGCUAUGUGGCGUAGUCGUUCACGUGUAAAUCCUGGAGCCGGAUCGACCCGGAUUGGUUCAUUUGAAACACCAAUUGUUAAAAACGAGCAUCGUUAAAUAGUUAAUUGUUAACCAAGGGGAGAAGCUUGGAAAUUUUACCAAGAGCUCGCUUCGCUCUGGACGCAAUUCGCUCAAGGUAAAAUUUCCUAUUUCUCCCAGACAAACCAACCCAACAAAACGCUAUUUUCACAACGAUUUAUAGUGCAGAGUUAAAAUGUUUUUUCUGUCAUAUAUUUCAAUUCAAAAAUAAAUAAAUGUCAUAAAUUCUAAAAUCUAU